AUGGCGUGGGAUCAUCUGGAUAUCGAUAAGCCGCAUCUGGCGUACAUGAUCCUAGGCGGUUUUACCGGCCUGUUCAUGCUUUGCUCCCUCUUCGUCAAGGAGAAACUGUACAUUGGCGAAGCCACUGUUGCCACGCUGUGUGGCAUCAUCUUCGGCCCCCAUGCCGCCAACCUCUUCAACCCCAUGUCAUGGGGUAACGUUGACAAAAUUACCCUUGAAUGUUCGCGCAUUGUCCUCGUCGUCCAGUGUUUUGCCGUCGGUGUCGAAUUGCCGAAAGCAUACAUGGAGCGGCACUGGCGCUCCGUCUUUCUCUUACUGGUGCCGGUGAUGACCUGGGGUUGGUUGAUCACAAGUCUGUUCAUCUGGUGGAUGGUGCCUCCACUCAACUGGUUGGAGAGUCUUGUCUGCGCUGCCUGUGUGACAGCCACCGAUCCCGUCCUUGCCUCGUCAGUCGUCGGUAAGGGUAAAUUCGCGAAGCGGGUCCCCAAACAUUUGAGAGAUCUGCUGUCCGCCGAGUCCGGCUGCAACGACGGCAUGGCAUUCCCCUUUAUCUAUUUGGGCUUUUACAUUCUACGUUAUCGGCCUGAUGCCGGGCAGGUGUCGCUGCACUGGUUUUGCAUCACCAUUCUGUACGAGUGUAUCUUUGGCGCAAUCUUUGGCUUCCUCAUCGGAUAUUUCGCUCGCCACGCCAUCAAGUGGGCUGAGCGGAAGCAGUUGAUCGAUCGCGAGAGUUUUCUAGUCUUCUACUUCGUGCUGGCGGUAUUCUGUGCUGGUUCGGGAAGUUUGUUGGGCAUGGAUGAUCUGCUGAUCGGUUUCUCUGCUGGAGUCGGCUUCAGUAACGACGGCUGGUUUACCGAAAAGACCGAGGAGUCUCACGUGUCCAACGUCAUUGAUUUACUGCUCAAUCUGGCGUACUUUGUCUAUUUCGGUUCCAUUAUCCCCUGGGAAGACUACAACAACCCCGAUAUUGGUCUCGUGCCUUGGAGGUUGGUCGUCAUUGCUAUUCUGGUGAUCUUCUUCCGCCGGAUACCCAUCAUGAUGCUCUUGAAGCCGAUUAUACCGGACGUGAAAACAUGGCGCGAGGCGCUGUUCGCCGGUCAUUUCGGCCCCAUUGGUGUUGGCGCGAUUUUCGCGGCCAUCCUGGCCAGGGCGGAACUGGAAACCGAUAGCACGCAACCGCUGUCUGAGGCGGACCUGCCGAAGGCCGGGACGAAAGACUAUUAUGUCGUCCAGUUGAUCUGGCCCAUCACCACCUUCAUGGUCAUCUCCUCCAUCUUGGUGCAUGGUUCCUCAAUCGCCGUGUUCACUCUCGGAAAGCGCAUCAAUACCCUGACCAUCACGCUAUCCUACACGACUGCCAACGAAGAUGGUCCUUCUUGGAUGAACCGUCUACCCCGUGUACAGUCUCUGGCAAAGGGCUCCAUGUCCUUCCGCAAGGCAGACGAAUUUGAUGAGUCGUCCAAUGAACCGGAAUAUCCCCCUGGAACCCUUCCGCCUAUCGGUGUUCCCGGCAACUUCCUACGCCGGGUGCGUGAGGAAGAAUCAGAGACACCUACUGGUCGAACGUCCAGUCGCAGACCUCGGAGACGCCGUAGACGCGACGAUGGGGCCGGAGGUCCGAUCAGUCAAUCUGCCAUCAUGCCUCAGCGACCAUCUGAUACCGGCGAGGAGACCGAGAUGGUCAAGGAGGAAGCCGCAGAACGGGAGAAGAUCGAGCGAGGAGGAUCGCCUCCUACUCACGAGCGCGAUAGAUUUGGCCGAGAGCCGGUCAUUGAGGUGUAUCUUGAAGGCCACACCAUGAUUAUCGAAGAUGAGGAAGGAAAUGUCCUGAAGACAGAAGACAUCAGUCAUAAAUCCCCGGAAGAGCAGCAGCAGCAUAUCGAGGAGCAGAAGCGAAGGCUGCGAGAAGAUAAAUCAGGCGAGCUAUCCAAGUCCAGAAGUCAACCCCAUGAAAAGACAGAAGGAGAAGACAUUCAACACGCUGUGGGCGCGGCAGCUGGUCCUUCUCUUGGAAAGGCUCGCAAGCAAUUUGGCAAGUGGGUCGGCUGGGGCAAGGGCCGCAACGAGGAGCCCGAGAGCAAGGAGGCGAAGAAAUCUGCCGAGAAGAAGCCGGGUGAGGGUGCAGGUGGUAAAUUGACCAAGAGCAAGGCUCGCUCGGCCCACGCGUACCAAUUCGGCAACACUAUCAUCGUCGAGGACGAAGACGGUGAAGUCAUUAAGAAGUAUUCCAUCCCUCCGACUGAGAAGCCUGAUGCAGGCGGCCCUGGCCGUCGUGGACUAGGACGGAUGGGAACGUGGUUCAGUCAAGGUGAAGCAGAAACCUCGCAGGCUGCUCAAAGUCGAAAGGCCGCUGAAGACGAGUGGAUGGCGGACGACGGUCUGCGUUUCACUCUUGCCAACGAUGACCAGGUCAGCAAGAGGGGCGUCGGCCACAAGGGUCGUAGAAUGACCAAGCACGAGUUCGCUCGGCAGAUCAAGAACCUUGGCCCCAAGGCUCGUCGGGAACUAGUUGAGGAAACCGACGUUCCAGAGCAUGUCAAGGAUGUGGCCCGUGACGAGGCCGACGUGGCUGAACGGCGGCAAUCCAUGCCAACAGAACCCACCGAAAUCCCAGUGCCUCCCAAUACCCAGCGCGAGACCCGCGAUGUCGAUGCGUUCAGCUCCGACAGCGGCCUCACCGAUGACGAGUCGGAACACGACGUUCCCGGUGACGUUGUUGCUUCUCUAGCCCGGUUCACCCAGGGUUCCGCUGCGCAAGAACGACGCAGUACCUUGGAGACUUCGGAGGCCGCCGCGAGAGCUCAGCCUCGAUCGAGGAGAGAUUCCGAGGAUGACGGUACCGAGCGGAUUCCUCCGUCACGGCUUCGAGAGGCAGCCGGUCUUGCACGGCCUUUUCAGCAGGUUGACUUGGACGACACGGGAGAAACCCCUGCGGAGCGCCGCCGUCGUCUUGCUGCCCUGGGCGAGCUGCAUGACUCGGACUCGGACAGCGACAGGGACAACACCGCUGUCGUGGAUACCGACAGUGAAGACAACGGCGAGUUCCACCAGGUGGCAGGCAAAGUCCAAUUUGCCGAUGGUGCUCGGCCCUCUGAGACCAGAGAAGACGCUGGCGGCGUAGGCGAUCUGCCAUCGAGCUCUUCAGACCGACUCUCGAGUCAUCGAGGCCAUCGCACUCGCAUCUCGUGGGGUGGAGAGAAAGGUCGCGAGAAGUGA